UGCUUCCACAAAUAGUUUAUAUAUAUUCCCAAGCUCAUCAUAUACCAAGAAACCCUCCCCCAUCUUCCUCAUUACCUACUACCUCCCUUUCACCCAUUUAAAACCACACCGCCGCUCGCAAGAAAAGAAGUAAGAAGAAAAAAAAUGGAGAGACGAGGAGUUCCCAUUUCAUCCAUCAUCAUCUUCAUACUCUGUCUUCUCCUAUCGUCAUCCGCAACAACAAUCCCUGUGGCUGCACAAUCACAAAACGCAGACUCGUGCUCGUCAAACGGCGCUCUCGUCGGCCUCUCCGGCUUGCCCUUCGACCCUUCCUCCCUCCGCCAGUGCCUCUCUGCUUGGACCUCCCGCAACUACAUCCUCCGACAGUACUCGCAGGCGUCAUCCAACGUGUGGAACUUCCUCCUGUCGGCCCCCGAUGUGAACUCGUACGUGGCGGUGGGGUUCUCGCCGGACGGGCAGAUGGUGGGGUCCAGCGCGGUGGUGGGGUGGAGCGCAGCGGACGGCAGCGGCGGGCAGGUGAAGCAGUACUACCUCGGCGGGCAGACCCCCGGGCAGGUGGUCCCCGACCAGGGAAACCUGGUGAUCGCCACGUCAGCGAUCGUCUCCCAGCAGUCCAGGCUGUUCAUGGCCUUCCAGCUCAACGCCUCGCAGCCGUCCGACACGGUGCUCUACUCGCUGGGGCCCGCCGGAACCCUGCCGGCGGCGCCCGGGUACGCGUUGACCGAGCACCGGGAUAAGGUGGCCACCACGUUGAACUACGUCACAGGGCAAAGUAGUAAGGAGGGGAGGCCAUAUACGAGACUGAGGAGGAGCCAUGGCAUUUUGAACAUGCUGGGGUGGGGGAUCCUCACCAUAAUAGGUGCCAUCGGAGCUCGAUAUUUCAAGCACAUGGAGCCCGUCUGGUUCUACGGCCAUGUUUUGGUUCAGGGCUCGGCUUUCGUCCUGGGUACCGUUGGCGUCAUUGCCGGGUUGGUGUUGGAGGGUAACCUUAGUGCCAAUGUCUCGACCCACAAAGGGCUUGGCAUUUUCAUCCUUGUCUUGGGCUGCCUCCAGGUGAUGGCGAUCUUGAUUCGGCCAGAGAAAUCAUCCAAGUACAGGUCUUAUUGGAAUCUUUACCAUUAUGCGGUGGGAAGGAUACUAAUUGCUUUCGCCGUCGGCAACGUUUUCUACGGGAUCCAUUUGGGCGGGGAAGGGAGUGGAUGGAACGGCGGUUACGGAGUUGCUCUUGCCGUCCUCUUUGUUAUUGCCAUCACCCUGGAGCUCAGGAUGCGGCUCAAAGAAUAA